GUAAUCUCAUAAUCAUCUCUAAUUCUUGUCUUCAAUAUGGAGGAUGGAGAAGCUUCAACAAUCACUUGCUUACCGACCACGAAACAAAACCCCCUUCAAAACCCUAACUUGCUGGUCAACCCAAAAAAAGAGACUAAACUAAAAACGCCUAAAACCACCAAAGGUCGACAGAAGAUAGAGAUCAAGAAGAUCAUUCUGGAGAACCGAAGGCAAGUGACGUUUUCCAAACGCCGAUUCGGGCUUUUCAAAAAAGCGGCGGAACUAAGCGUUCUCUGCGGCGCACAAAUUGGUAUCAUAACGUUUUCACGAGUAGAUAGGAUCUACUCGUUUGGUAACGUCGACUCACUCAUCGAUAAAUACUUGCGUAAGACUCCGGUGAUGCUGAGGUCACAUCCCGGGGGUAACGUGGCAAACGGAGAGGAAGAUAACGACGGUUUGAUGUGGUGGGAGAGGGCGGUGGAGAGUGUGCCGGAGGAGGAUAUGGAAGAGUACAAGAAGGCGUUGAGUGUGUUAAGGGAGAAUUUAUUGACAAGGAUCUAUCAGAUGAGUGGUGAUCGGACGGUCGAGAAUCUUCCGGCAUUUCCAAAUGAGAUGGCUAUGGCUGACUGGAAAUUGACUAAUGAAAAUCUGAUGGCUAGGAACGAUCGAGGUUAUGCAGGUAACGGUGGUGAUUUGGAGUUUGCGUUUAUGUCUCAAAACGGUAGACAGUGAAGUGUUUUCUUUAAUUUAUUAUUACACUUUGGUGUUAUUACAUAUAGAUUAUAGGUUGAUCUAAGUUAUUUUAAAUUCGUUUACCUAAAUUAACUAAUGCUUUCAAGUUUAAGAUUGAAAUUUUUUUGUAUUGUUAGCUUAUUAAUAAUACUGAUUUUAUUUU